ACAGUGCUGAAGUGGCUGAAGGGACUCCCAGGCUGCUGCUGAAAGGUGUCCCAGUGCAACUGUGAGAUGAGACCAACUGUGCUGCCGUGAAGACACUGCAAAAGCCUCCAGGAAACGUGGCCAUUGGAAUCCUAGACCUGGAUCCACCUUGCCUUCAGCCACUGCCGAAGCAGCUUAGUCAAAGGACCCACCAGGAUGCAGCCAUGAGGAAUGGCUGGAUCCACGCUGCAUUCUCUGCUGCAGCAGCUUCUUGGAGCCUCCUUCCUCACCCAAAGCCAUCAAAAGAAGGUGUGAACUACCAGUUUAUCUGCUUUGUCUUGUAUGACCUAACGCCAAACAUCUUCUAAUUAUACGAAAUUAGCUUAACCAUGGCAACGGAAAAUCCGGGUCCUCCUAAUCCAAACUGCAAGAUCAUGACCUUCCGUCCAACGGUGGAAGAGUUCAAAGAUUUCAGGAAGUAUAUUGUAUACAUUGAAUCCCAGGGAGCCCAUAGAGCAGGACUGGCAAAGGUUAUUCCCCCCAAGGAGUGGAAACCAAGAAAGUCGUAUGACGAUAUUGAUGAUAUGACCAUCCCAGCUCCAAUUCAACAAGUAGUGACUGGCCAAUCUGGGCUUUUCACACAGUACAACAUUCAGAAGAAAUCCAUGACAGUUGGAGAGUACAGGAAGUUGGCCAACAGUGAAAAAUAUUGUACACCACGGCACAUAGAUUUUGAUGACCUUGAGCGCAAAUACUGGAAGAAUCUAACGUUUGUGUCUCCUAUCUAUGGAGCUGAUAUCAGUGGUUCACUGUAUGAUAAUAAUAUUGAAGAGUGGAACAUUGGAAACCUCAACACAUUACUGGAUAUGGUGGAACAGGAGUGUGGAAUUGUGAUUGAAGGUGUGAAUACUCCAUACUUGUACUUUGGGAUGUGGAAAACUACAUUUGCCUGGCACACUGAAGAUAUGGACCUCUACAGCAUCAACUACUUGCACUUUGGGGAGCCCAAAUCCUGGAUGGAUAAAGAUAACUUACAUCUUGAUGAGAAGAAGGUUCAAUCAAUAAGAAGAAUAUCAUGUCCUCGGUAUUUCAGAGCUCAUUUUUUUUGUAUCGAAUGACUUGUUAUGGUAAAUUUGGCAACAUUAUACACUGUUGAAUGAUCCCUUGAAGGGUGUUGUGUGAAAUUGGAGAAAGGUAUAUGACCAUUUCUAAAUGUAAAUUGGAAAAUGGUACAAUGCUUGUACAUUUCAGUAUGUCCAAAGAAAUGAAGUUGGCAUAUCAUGUCUCUUCUAAGAGAGCAGGUGCUCUGAUUACUUGUGCUGGCUGUUGAUUAGGAGAGAUUGA